GUUUUCGGUACUGCACCACCCCACAGGCUUCCUUUUCACUGGUUUGAAGUGUCGCCCCCUGUGACGUGACACCCCCAAGAAGCCACCUCCACACGCUCGUGCGCACCUCGCGUCGUCGCUCUCCGAUUUGGGGUGUUGUGAGCGCCGCAAGUGCUCGCCGCGCCCCUCCCUCUUCCCCCUCACCAGUUGUCUUCCCCCUCUUCCUCUUCUCUCUUUUUUUGUUUGCGAACACACACACACGCACACACACACACACACACACACACGAGUUUCGAUCACACUCCCAACACCCCGCCACUCCACCAUCAUCACGGUCAUGGACCGCGUGAUUGUGCGGGCCAAGACAGCGGCCCUCUAUCUCCUCUACCAAGACGGUCCACGCUGCUUUACCAUCCGCUCAGACUCAAAGCGGUUCAAGAUCCUGCUGAAACCGUUUCGAUGCUCCCACUGCGGCGAAAAGAAGUGCAUCCACGUCCUGUUUGUGCUUCUACGGGUGCUCAAGUUGGAUGAAACCCACAACCUCGUGACCGCGCCCGUCGCCACCGAUCACGAGCUCGACGAAGUGCUUGACACCUUCAUCCAAGAUCGGACACGGCAGCGGCAGGAGCGCGUGGAUGCGGCGCGCGCUGGCGGCGACAGCGAUGACACCACCGCCAGCCAUCAUCCCCACGACGACGAGGACCAGGACUGCCCCAUCUGCCUCUUGCCACUCGUCGAGGGCGAGUGCGUGUCGGCGUGUUCCGAGUGCCACCAUGCGCUGCACGUGCACUGCCUCACCGUGUGGGCAGACAACCAGCGCCAGGACCGCGUGCCCGUCUCCUGCCCGCUCUGCCGCGCUGCCUGGAACAACUUCCACACCACCAGCCUCCUCCCGCGCGCCCGCACCCCGCCCUCCACCAUCGUCGGCCGCUCCGUGCAGGCUGGCAGGGCCAUGGCAACGGGCGAGCAGACGUCGGACAACACACUCGCGUCCCGUGCGUGUCCCGCGUUUGCGCGUCCCUGGCUGGCAGCCCUCGGGGCAGACACCGUAUCCGGUCUGCUGUCAUCGGACUGGCGCCGCCGCACGCGCACGCUGGAGCAGCUGGCGCAGAGCAAGGAGCGCCUAGACACGCUUGACACGCGCGUGGCGCUGGACAUUGUCGCGCGCACGUGUCGUGACCCCGUGCUCAAGGUGCUGCGAGCGAGCCUGCACCUGCUGAGCCAGACCCCGCGGCCCACCACCGCCAAGGCAGACCUGCACGUGGCGCUGGCGCACAUUGUGCUGCGCUGCCACGAGUCGCGCACGUUUGUGCUCAAGUGGUGCCACGGCGCCGUGUCCAUGGGUGUGGCCAACUCGCACUUCACCGCACGCGACGUGACGGCCGCGCUGUUCCACCCGCCGGCAACGGCGUCGAGUGUCGACACGCAGUCGUGGCAGUGGAUGCUGGGCAGUGUGAAGCUUGCACACGCGCUCACCCAGGACUACCCGCACUGGUUCGCCCACGUGGCGGCGGAGGACGUGGAUGCGUUCAUAUGCGCACGCGUCGCGUUCAAGCACGCGCGGGUGAACCAGGUGGCGCUGCAGCUGCAGGCGUGGGCUGAGCAGGCGCACAGGGCACAUGCCAGCCAUCAGUCCAGGUGGGGAGAUGGCGAUCACGCUGGCGAGGGCGCAGAAUUGGUGAAUGACUCGUGCUCUCCCGCCACAAUGGCAUCCGCCUCGACCACCACCACCACCACCAGACACACCAACGAUGACGAUGAUGAUGGGAGCGCGGAUGGCGGCGAUGGUGCUGACGCGAUGGCCCGUGUGGACAGCGGUGUCGUGCACCACUCGCCACCGUCGUCGCUGCUGCCAUCUUCCCCAUCAGCGUCAUCGUCUGCACCACUCACACCAACGACACCAACAGCAGCAGGAGGUGCCAGCACGCUCCUCGCCCCACCAUCGCCGCAAGCGCCCCACGCGCACGCACAUGCACACGCACACGCUGACCUCUCGAACGCCUCCACGACCACGACCAUAAAGGAACCAGGCGUGAAACACGCCGUGCAUCCACACGCCCAGCGGCGGCAACAGCAACAACCACAGCAGCAGCAACCACAGCAACAGCAACAGCAGUACCUGCGUGUGGGGCAGGGGCGGGUGUGGUUUGGCGGCGUCGGUGUUGGUGGCGGCGGUGCGCGGGGAAGCGAGCUUGUCAUCCCGGCGUGCGAGUGCAGCGGGUGCACACACGCACGUGUCGAUGCCCGUGACACCGCCAUUCGUGAUGAUGGCGGCGACACCUCAAACACGGACACGGAGGCGGAGCUUUCGUCCGAUACAGACGCGGACGCCACCAGCACCGUGACGAGCGUUUCCACAACCAGCAACACCAGCAGCACCACGACAACGACACCGGCAACGGCAACGACAGCGUCGCGUCGCCCAUCGUCGUCACCAUCAUCGUGUGCUGCGGUGUGCUGCGCGUGUGAGCUGUGCGUGACCAACGGCGGGGAGCUGUGGAUAUCGGACUGUGUGCUCGGCAAAGGCGCUGUUGGCACCGUGCACCGCGCACGCUGCAUUCGCACAGGCGCCCCAUUCGCCGUCAAGCAGGUUGAUGUUGGGCUGGCGAAAGUUGACGACGUGAAGCGGCUGCACACGGAGGUCGACAUCAUGCGCAGGCUGCCGCGGCAUGCGCAUGUUGUGUCGUAUUUUGGGUGCAACCAGAGUGCUGCUGCAUUUGCGAUUGCGAUGGAGCUGCUUCCUGGCGGCAGUUUGGCGGACAAGGUUGCCGCCGAGGGCGCCCUGCACGCGCAUGAUGUAAGAUCGUACGCGCGUGACGCAACAAAGGGGCUCGCCUUCCUCCACUCCCGCGGCAUCGCACACAGAGACCUCAAAGGCGCGAACCUGCUGCUGACGGGGCGAAACCGGGUGAAGGUGUGCGACUUUGGGCUGUCCGCCACGCUGGCAGACAUGUCCACGCAGACCAACGAACUGCAGGGCAGCGUGGGCACCCCGGCAUGGAUGGCGCCAGAGGUGAUUGUUGGGGAGCGUGUGUCACGGCGCAGUGACUGCUGGUCGCUCGGAUGCUGUCUCAUUGAACUGUGGUCUGGCCGCAAGCCCUGGGCCGAGGCAAACCUGCCCAACCAUUACGCACUCAUGUUCAUGAUUGCGUCACGGAGCGCCACGCCGCGUGUCCCGCCGCACAUCACGGGCGCCGCGCGCGACUUUGCUGGACGGUGUCUGGUGCGGGACGUGGGGCAGCGGUGGACGAGCGAACAGCUGCUGACACACGCGUUCAUCGCGCCAGAUGCACUCGUGCACGGAGAGGAGGAGGUGGAGGAACAGCGGUGUGAUGCUGAUGGUGGUGCCGAUGGUGGUGGCGAGAAUGCAGAUGUGCUGAAUGUGAUGAAAUCGGGUGAUGUGGCGACGGCGGCGACGAAGGACGGAGGGGAGGGCACGAACACCGAAGAGGAGCAAGUGCGAGGGAACGUACCAGAAGCCAUCACCGCGUCACAGCAGAUGCAGAAGAGGGCGGAGGUACACGUGCAGGGCGACGCGGAGGAAGAUGGUCAGGAGGGAGAACGGAAGGAGGACCAACAACAGGACGGAAGCAGUAGCACAUGCACCAUGACAGGAGACAGCGAACAGCAGCAACAACAGGAGCACGAUUGCUCGAUUGCAGCAUCGUCAUCGUCAUCGUCGUCGUCGCCGUUGUCGUCGUCGUCAUCGUCGUCGUCGUCGUUGUUGCGAGCCGCUGAUCAUCAACAUCAAGAGCACCACCAUGGCAACAACAACAACAGCAGCAGCAGUGGCGAACAGGACGACACGUGCGAUGCUGCUGCUGCUGCUGAUGAUGAUGAUGAUGCUGAUGAUGGAAGCCGUGUUGACAGUGAAGAUGACACGUCUACACAGCAGCAGCACCAGCAGCACCAGCAGCACCAGCAGCAGCAGCAGCGUGGUGAUGAGCGUCAGGAUGAGGACGUCGCCGCCAGGCCUGUGGCUGAUGUUGUUGUGGAUGACGAUGAUGAUGAGAAUGAGUGCUACGACGACGACGACAACGGAGGGAGUGCGCGCACCGCUGCUGAUUCUAUGGUGUGCGACGGCGACGUGUGCAGCUCAACACGCCUUGCAACGCGCAAGCAAUCAACAGCAGCAGCAGCAGCAGCAGCGACAACAGCACGGCAGACGAGAGGAGCACGGGCGCGGCGCACGAAGAAGUCGGCGGUGAAGAGACAGACGAGCACAGGCGACGCAGCGCCCAGUGCAUCGAGUGCAAUGGCGACGUUGAAGAAGAGUGCAGUGAGGCGCGAGAAGUCGGUAAAGGCUGGCAGCGGACCAACACCGACACGGUCACGAUCGCAAUCACGGUUGCAGUCACGAAAGCCACGGCCGCAUGACGCCGAAACGCCGACACCCGCGUCAGCAUCGCACGCAGCUCCACUCUCCACACCGCCCUCGCUCGCAUCAUCCAAGACAGACAUUGCCACCAGCAGCAACAGGAACAGCAGCACCAGGAGGGGGAAGAAGAAGGGUGUGGUGUCGUCCAGCCUGCCGGUGUCGCCCCGUAAGAUGGCGGCAUCAACAGCCGCAACAACGGCAUCAGCUGUUGCUGCAACCACGACCGCUCCCGUGAGCGCCGACAGCGCACUCGCUGGCUCUGUCCGUCGCCCGCGCACAGCAGAACCCACAGCACCGCCACCACCAGCUACGGUGACGCCGACCACGACUACGACCACCGCAACCAUCGCCACCACUAUCAUCACUUCACCGUCGCUGUCGCUGUCGCCGCAGCGGACGCAGCGGUCACCAUUGCGUGAGCUCUCGCACGCGCGACGCGCACGUGUUCCUGUUGCCAUCACAUCGACCGCCUCGUCACCGCCUUCGCUGGCCGCAUCCAUGGUGGUCGCAGACCCACUGUCCACGUCUGCUUCAUCACGCCAGCAACCCACAACCACUGACACGACACCCACUCCUAUGACAACUUCAACUACCACUCCAACUGCUGCUGCAGUCAGCAGCAACACGCCCCCGUCAUCGUCAUCGCUGCUGCCGCUUGCGACCACGUCCGCGUGUGGGAGGAAGAUGUGCAAGGUGCGCCGAUCAGCACCUGCACUCAAGACACGGAGUGCAGGUGUGACUGCCUCACCAACCGCAACCACCACCACCACGCGGCACUCUCGCAUUCCAACGCGUACGCGCACGCUCGUGUGACGUUCCGUUUAUGCAUGUGUUGUUAAUUUGAAGUCAUCUGCUUUGCCAUGUGUUAUUUUGCUUCUUGUUUUGAUCUCUUUAUGUUGUCCUUGUUAAAGUGACAUUGCGGCGUUGUACGCGUUGCGUCGUUGUUAUCUGUGAUGUUGAUCUGCGAUGUUGCUCUUCUCUCUUAAACGAUCCAACA